UUCAUAAGUAUAAAACUGAUAUAGCCCAUAGAAAAAACCUCAAACAUUUAAGCCGUCACAAAUAUUCAACCAAUUCGGACCAUCGGGAACUCAAGAAAGCUACUAUUGUCCAUAAAUAUGCAACAGAUGAAAAGUACCGCAACCGUGUAAAAAAAUUAAGUCAAUCUAGAUAUAGCAACCCUGAACACAAGCAACGUGUUUUAUCCAGAAGCCUCAGCAGAAAACGACAACAGAAGGAAAAAUCCAACAUUUUGGAGCAUGUUAGGCAAAUGUUUGUAGACAAAAUCAAAUAUGGACCACAGUUUGUGUGUUGUGUGUGCCACAAACGCUUCUUCCAAACUGGUGUUUUGGCUUGCAAAAGGUCACAUUAUGUGAACAUGUCACAAUCAGAUCUCGACUUUUGCAUUUCUGAUAAAUAUGUACAUACAUGUGACAUGACUUGCCCUAAGCCAUGUAACAUGCAUGUGUAUAGAGGAAACCUAAACAUAUGCCACACCUGUAACAGUAAAUUGAUUCGAGGUGCCAUCCCGGCUGAGUGUGCAGGUAACAAUUUGGAACUCCCCCCUGUACCUGAGGAACUUGCACGAUUAAACAGUAUAGAAACCCAUCUUAUAUCACCAAACAUUAUGUUUUGUAAAUACAUGACAUUGCCUAAAACAAAACAGCGAGGCAUUCGAGGUCCCGUGGUGUGCGUUCAGAGUAGGGUUACAGAGAGCUGUGACAAAUUGUUGCCGCGGACUGGCUCCCCUGGCCUGGUGCAAGUCAAACUGAAACGCAAAAUGUCUUAUAAAGGUCAUUAUGAGUAUCAGUUUGUAAACACUAACAAUGUGACAGAAGCUUUGGUGUGCCUUAAACAAAUUAACAUCCACUAUGAAGACAUCGAGUUCAAUCAAGACUGGAUCAAUGAUUUCAGCAGAGAGGAGCCUGAGGAACAACAAGAGGACAACACAAUUGAAACCGCUGCUGAAGGUACCGAUCCACCGCCACAAGACCCCAUAGAAGCUGAGCAUCUGUAUGAGAACCAGCAGCAUGGUGUCUAUAAUGACACAUGCUCUAUGCCACUAGACCUGGGUCAGGAGACGCUGGACCAGUAUCUCGAUAAUGUGGUUAGUGUUGCUCCAGCUGAAGGUAACAACCCAGUAAGCAAACUCCAUGACCAUACAAACGAGGCCAAAUGUUUUCCCACCAUUUUUGUGACUGGCACAAAUACAUUUCAUACCCCGCGAAAAUUUCCACUCACUUUAUCCAAAUAUUUCAAAUUACGCCUUUUGAACGCCGAUACCAGAUGUGCUAAUAAUCAGGAAUACCUGUUUUAUGCUGAUAACACGUUGAUCUUGUAUAAUGUCAUUAAUUGUGUCUCGAUUGCAACACGCAAAGGACAAUUUGAUGGCAUUACAAGAGGUAACGCUCAAGACAGUGACGGUAACGUUUUGAGACACGUGGUUCAAUUUAAUGGUGGUUUCCGGUUUUUGUCACCAAUCGUUGGCUCACCUGCUUAUUGGCAACAAUGUAAGCGCGAGGUUUUUUCCAUGAUACGUCAGUUAGGAAUUCCAACUUGGUUCUGUUCUUUCAGUGCUGCUGACUUGCGCUGGAAAAAUCUCAUUGAAGCGCUUCUCAUACAGGAAGGGAGAACACAGACAGUUGAACAUUUGAACUGGGCUGAACGGUGUAAUCUUUUGAGGAAGAACCCUGUGGUUGCAACUCAAAUGUUUGACUAUAGAUGGCAUUGGUUCUUGAAGUUGGUUCUCAUGUCUCCUGCUAAUCCCAUCGGAAAAAUAGUCGAUUAUUUUUGCCGGGUUGAGUUCCAGGCUAGAGGCUCCCCCCACAUCCACGCUCUCUUCUGGGUAGAAAAUGCCCCUAGAAUUGAUCAAAACACCGAUCAAGAAGUCACUACUUUUAUUGAUGAAUAUGUCACCUGUGAGCUUCCACAAAAUGAUCCCAAACUGGCGGAAAUGGUGAAAACUCUGCAGACCCACUCAAAACACCACUCUAAAAGUUGUAGAAAAAAGAAGACGGUCUGUAGAUUUAAAUUCCCACGCCCACCAUCUCGGAGAACUUUUAUCAAAAGGGCACGGCAAACCCCCAUUUGUCCAAAAUGCCAUUUGAAAAAAGAUGAUGCAUUUUGUGUCUGUCCACCAGAUGACCCAACUCGCAUGUCCAAAGAACGUGCAGAUCGCAUUAUAUCUGACGUGAAAGAGGCUGCGCUGAGUGUCAUUGACCCGCCCAAAGACAACGCAGAACUGUUCGCACGACUUGGCAUCACACAGGAACUUUAUGAAGAAGCCUUUCAAGUUUCAGACGGCCACACCUGUAUUAUUUUAAAAAGGGAGCUGUCUGAUAUUUGGACCAAUCAAGGUAACUGGUUUCUGCUGUUUUGUUGGGAGGCUAAUAUCGACAUUCAAUAUGUCGUUGACGGUUUUGCUUGUGCGGUUUACAUGGUGACAUACAUCUCUAAAAGUGAAACGGAGGUUGGCUGGCUGCUUGCAAAUGCACACAAGGAAGCGUUGGAAGGCAAUCAAAGCGCUAAAGAUGCUAUGCAAAAAAUGGGAAAUCUCUAUGUACAAAAUCGUGAGGUGUCAGCCCAGGAAGCUGCUUAUCGAGUCACUGGAAUGCAUCUCAAAGAAUUCUCCCGCAAAGUGUCUUUUAUUCCUACAGGUGAUAACAUAGUCCGGCUUACUAAACCCAUAAAACAGCUUGAAAACAGUUCAUCCGAGGACAUUUGGAUGACUAACAUAACAGACCGUUAUAUCAACAGGCCAGAUGACAGUACUUUUAGUGACAUGUGCAUUGCCGUUUUUGUGUCCGAAUAUCGUGUGUUGUGCAAAGGUCAAACCAGCCGGAACCCAAUUCUCCUCCAAAAUUCUAUGGGUGCCAUAACAAAGCGCAUUCGUACCCAACCUGCAGUGAUUAGGUAUGCCCGCUUCUCUCAAACUGAACAUCCAGAACUGUUCUAUCAGAGUCUUUUACAGUUGUUUCUCCCCUAUCGUGUGGAGAGCGACCUCAUGCCACCUCCGUUCACUGCGUUUGAGCAGUUUUACACUCACGGACAGAUUGUUCUUUCCAAUGGCUCAGUGUGUUCAGUUAAAUCUGUGGUUGAUGCAAAUCGAAACAGAUUUGACAAACACACUGAGGACUUGGAAACACUUUGUAAUGAAGUCAGCAUCAAUGCAAAUCUGGAAGAUGCAUGGUCUGCUCUCUGCCCAGUACAACAACUUGAAAGGCUGGAAGAUAAGGAAGAGGGUGUGGAGAUGGCGGGGGAAGACCAUGCUGACUUUGCUGAAAUUCCUGAAUUGGCCAUUCCAACAGACGGUAUCCAAUCAUCCAUCAAUCCAUUUGAAAAAACCAAAACAUUAACUAGACAAGAGGGGUUAAACUUAAUCCGAUCGUUAAACGAACAACAGAUGGCCAUUUUCACCCAAAUUCGACACUGGUGCUUGCAAAAAAUUAAUAAUCAAAACCCAGAGCCGCUACACACAUUCAUUACCGGCGGAGCAGGCACUGGAAAAAGCCAUCUCAUUAGAGCAAUACAAUACGAAGCGACAAGACUUUUGGCACCUUUAUGCUCUACUCCAGAUGGUGUUAGCGUUUUGCUAACUGCACCUACUGGAAUAGCAGCAUAUAAUCUAAAGGCUGCAACCAUUCACUCCUCAUUUAGCAUAGGCAUGGACUGCCGGCUCCCGUAUGUUCCGCUGGGUGAAGAGAAAAUUAAUACUCUGAGAGUUCAGUUCCAGGAUGUUCACAUUCUGAUCAUAGAUGAAGUUUCUAUGGUCUCCCACAACUUGCUGCUUUACAUUCACGGUAGAUUACGGCAGAUCAAACAAACCGAUGAUUCCCCAUUUGGAAACGUUAGCGUUAUUGCAGUCGGAGACUUCUACCAAUUACCUCCGGUUAAAGGUAAACCUUUGUAUGACACACGGGUUGGCUAUAAUCUUUGGCAAGAAUUGUUUCACAUCGCAGAGCUGACAACGGUUGUAAGGCAGCAAGAUACCACCUUUGCUGAUCUACUCAAUCGCCUAAGAACCCGGUCAAGAGACACCCCUCUGCUCCCAGAAGAUGAAGCCAUUUUACAAAGUCGUGUCACAGGACAAACAUCCACUGCCCUACACAUCUUCCCCACUAACCCGCAGGUUCAGUACCACAACUUGGAACAGGUCCAACGCAUCUGCCCAGAUUACAUCACCGUCACAGCUCAAGAUUACAGCUACAGUAAAAAAACUGGCAAACUCAUUGAAUUCACAGACGGGGUUGUUAAAACAAAGCAUACCUCGCUACUCGAUGAAUUGCCUGUUGGCGUCAAUGCACGGGUCAUGCUAAUUAAAAACGUGGAUGUAGCCGAUGGACUGGUGAAUGGAAUAUGUGGGACCGUCACUCACAUAGACAAUCCACCAAACAGAAGGCUCCCACUGGCCAUUUACGUGAAAUUUGACGACGACAAAAUUGGAGCACAAAAAAGAAGCCGCACUGUCACUCCACCGGGCCUGACUGGUUCUACACGCAUAGAGCCAGUGGAAGAUCAAGCUAAUAAAAAGGGGGAAAAGCGUCGUCAGUUCCCCCUUAAAUUGGCAUGGGCUUGCACGGUGCACAAGGUACAGGGUCUUACUGUUGAUGCAGCUGUGGUGUGUCUAGAGCAAACUUUUACAGCAGGUCAAGCUUAUGUCGCCUUGAGCCGUGUCAGGAGUUUAGAAGGUCUCAUCAUUCAAAAAUUCCAACCAAAGAAAAUCUACUGCAACAGUAAGGUCAGACCGGCAUUAGACACAAUGCUUCCCUUCAUGUUCACAGGGCCGUCAUUGGACAUACAUGAAACACAAGUAUUCAACUUGUUUUUCAUGAAUGUGCAAGGACUUCCGCAACAUGUGUCUGACUUACAGUCAUGUAUGCAGAAAUUCCAUCCCCACUGCAUUGCCGUUACAGAAACUUGGCUCACUGAACGCUCACACCACCAAUCCAAUAGCAUUGCAGGAUAUCAUUUCCACAGUCAAACCCGCAGUUUGGCAUAUCAAAGCAGCCGUCACCCUGCACUGGUCAAUUUGCGCACACAGGAACAUGGUGGAGUUGGAAUCUAUUGUCAAGACGGUUAUUCCUACGACACUGUGUCAUUACAAAACACUAAUCUGGAAUGUUUGGCUAAACAUUUCACUGAACAUGACAUUCUCAUUGCUGUCAUUUACCGCCCCACAUCAUAUCCAAUGACUGUAUUCAAACAAAAUUUAAACACACUGGUGAAUUGGCUUGACUCAAAUUACAAUCACAUUGCAAUCGUAGGGGACUUUAAUGAUGACAUAUUGAAAUCUUCCAGUCUUUGCAAUUUCAUGCAAAAAAAGGGAUUUGUUCAAUGUGUCAUCUCUCCCACUACAGAAACAGGCACUUUAAUUGAUCACAUGUACUUAAAGUCCUCUCAGUUUGAAGUUGACACAUUUGUGGUACCAACUUACUUCAGUGAUCAUGAAGGGAUAGCUUGUUGUUUUAAGCAUAAAAUCACAACAGCCAAUUAAUCUGCAUUUUCCAAUCUGUUUCUUGUUUUAUUUAUGUCUUUUCAGCAAUGCCAUUCACAUGUUUUUCCCUGUCCCACUCCCCCUGUGGAGUGUAACUCUUUCAGAUGCCCCAAUGACGGCUGGACCCUCUCCUCCUCCCUGCAUGGCCCUCCACCCGCCUCGCUCUCCUCCUCGCCCGGCUCUCGUUCUCCUCGCCUGGACUUCCUCCUCCUCGCCUGGUCGAUUUUUUUUCUUGGCGGCACGGUGGCUGAGUAGCAACACUCGCCUCACAGCAAGAGGGUUUGGUUGGAUCCCUGGUUCGCCCCAGGCCUUUCUGUGUGGAGUUUUUCAUGUUUCUCCCCGUGUCUGGAUGGGUUUCCUCCGGGUACUCCGGUUUCCCCCAUCAACCAAAACAUGAACGCCCUUCGAGACAACUGUUAUGAUUUUGGGCGUUACAAAACUAAAUGAAUUGACUUUUUUGCCUUUAUGCAGCUUGGUGAUUUUUAGUUUUUUACGAGCAUUUCUUUGAGUUUUGAAAUGAUCUAAGUUUAAUUGUUUUUGCAUUCUAUGACUUCUAUGCACUACAAUGUUUUGUAUCUAGCAUGUGAACAACUUGAUAAACAGUCCCUGAACAUC